AUCCCCUUGACACAUAGCAUUAUUAAAAAAUGUAAUUUACAGUGUAUACACCAACAUUAGAGUGAGAAAGGGACCAGGACCAGUUCCAGAAAGCCAAUUAACAGGGACAGGGACCAGUCCCAGAAACCCAGCUAACAUAGUCGACCGUACCAUGGAGUAAUAUAUACCAGGGAUUAUGGACUAACCAUAGUAACAAUACAACUCCUUUCAGUUGCUUUGGUGGGGUUGAAUCCUCUUAGGAAAGCGCCGUUCUCUCUUUCUCUCCCCAAUGAACCCAGAAGAAAAGCAGCCUUCUUCCCCUCCUACCUCGCAGGCUGAUCCUCCCCAACCGCCGCUGCCGGCUCCAACGCCUUCUCCAUUCGAUCCAAGUCGAAUGAUUGGUAUCAUCAAAAGAAAGGCCUUGAUAAAAGAGUUAGCUGCUGUAUACCAUGCAGAGUGCCUUGCAUACUGUCAAGAACUUUUAGAACUUCAGAAAAAAUGGGAAGAGCCACUUAUAGAUGUUAAAUCUCCUGAUGAUUUAAAGAAAGAGACAACAAGGCCUCCGAAACGUGUAAAGAAGACUCGCUAAGCAUAUAGUAAGAUGAUGUGCUACAUCUGCUGUUUCAUGACAUUCCUGCACCUAAGUGAAGCAUCUCUAUCAGCCCUAAGAAAUGGCAGAGGCCUAAAGGGAAUUAAAUCAACAUCCAUUCUCGGUGUACUUACUGUUGGUGCUCUGUAUUGUGUGCCAUUUCAACACCAUUACUUAGUAACCAUUUUAACUCAAAUACUCUAGAUAAUAUCUUUAACACUUUUACCAUAAUUAAUCGUAUACAAGUUGGGUCCUGAUCUGGCUUUUGUCCCAUUUGUCAACUUUUU